CCUCAUUCUUUUCGUGUAUUCAUUAUUCAACAACAAUGUCAGGAAUUGUAGUGAUUUUUGACUUCGACAAAACAAUCAUCGACAUUGAUAGCGACAAUUGGGUGGUCGAUGAGUUGGGUGCAACGGAUUUAUUCAACCAACUUCUUCCCACCAUGCCAUGGAACUCCGUUAUGGAUAAGAUGAUGAAUGAGCUAAAUUUGCAAGGUAGGAGCAUUGAGGAUAUUGAAAAUGUCCUUAAACGUACCCCGAUACAUCCUCGAGUUGUUCCUGCCAUUAAAGCUGCAUAUGCUUUAGGAUGUGAUUUGAGGGUGUUAAGCGAUGCGAAUUUGUUCUAUAUAGAAACUAUACUUAAGCAUCUUGGGAUACGUGAAUAUUUCUCAGAGAUUAAUACGAACCCGGGUUUUGUCGAUGAUAAAAGAAAGUUAAGGAUUUUGCCGUACCAUGAUUUCCAUGUUUUCUCUCAUGGUUGCACCCUUUGCCCUCCCAACAUGUGCAAGGGUAAAAUAGUAGAAAGAAUUCAAGCCGAGUUAGCAAAAGAAGGAAAGAAAAGGAUUAUAUAUUUAGGAGAUGGAGCGGGUGAUUUUUGCCCGAGUCUAAAGCUUGGGGAAAAUGAUUGCAUGAUGCCGAGGAAAGAUUUUCCUGUUUGGGAUUUGAUAUGCAAAAACAGAAAACUUCUAAAAGCAGAAAUCCAUGAAUGGACCGAUGGAGAAGACCUCGAACGAGUUCUUCUCCAACUCAUUGGGAAAAUGAUGUUGAUGGAAGAUGAGAACACAAAUCAAUUGUUUGACUGCAAGUUUGAGACAAUUGCACAUGAAGUUUUGCCUAAACCUCUCUAUGUUCCUUAG